CAGUGAGCGCACUGGGGCGGGCAGGGCGAUGCGGUCACCGGGGUACUUAAAUCUUUUAUCUUAAGAAUGGCUGCUUUGGCGAUAACGGGAUUGACGUAUUCCCGCUAGCUCCUCAACUCACUUUCCCAAAGAAAGCGCUGUUUGUAAGGGGGGCUCUGAUCUCUACAGCCGGUUUCCACUGCGCGCAAUCACAGCUCUAGGACCAGCGGUACAGUCGGUGCGCUCUGGCAGAAAGCAUCCAGCCUCUUUAUCUCUCGGUUCUAACAGCAAUCGGUAUUCUUUUCAAUGUCCCCCAACCCUCACUCACCGCUCGCAAUGAAACCGUUGUAAUCCACCCUGUUCAUUGUUUUUCUUUUUUUUUUCUCGGUUUCACACUUUACUUACUGCAAAGUGAGCGCAGAGAAGAGGAAAACGCGGGAAAUACUCUUCAUCUGCAAGUUUUCGUGUGUGUGCCGCACUGGAGGGGAGGAAGAGAUGGCAGCCCCGGUGAAAGCAGCCCUGGCUCUCCUGAUUUUCACCGUGACAACUAUCCUGUGCGCGGAGGUAGAGGAACGGUUGGUGAAUCACCUGUUGUCACCAGAGCGCUACAACAAACUCAUCAGGCCAGCUAUCAACACCAGCCAGCAGGUCACCAUUUACAUCCAGGUGUCUCUAGCCCAGCUGAUCAAUGUGAAUGAGAGAGAGCAGAUCAUGACCACCAACUGUUGGCUCACCCAGGGUUGGAAUGACUACAGAUUAAUGUGGGAUCCUGAAGAGUACGAGGGAAUCAAGAAAAUCCGACUCCCGUCACAACACAUCUGGUUGCCUGACAUUGUCCUUUACAACAAUGCUGAUGGGACAUAUGAAGUCUCCUUCUACUCCAACGCUGUGGUCUCCAAUAAUGGUGAAGUGGCCUGGCUCCCACCAGCGAUCUACAAGUCGGCCUGUAAAAUCGAAGUCCGUGAUUUUCCCUUUGACCAGCAGAACUGCACUCUCAAGUUUCGCUCUUGGACCUACGACCACACGGAGAUCGAUCUCAUCCUCCUCAGUGAUUACGCCUCACGCGAUGACUUCAAGCCUAGUGGCGAGUGGGAUAUUGUUUCCCUGCCUGGACGCAAGAAUGAAGACCCUAACGAUAUCAGAUACCUGGAUAUUACUUAUGAUUUUAUUAUCAAGAGAAAACCUCUCUUCUACACCAUCAACCUGAUCAUUCCCUGCAUCCUGAUCACGUCGCUGGCUAUUCUUGUCUUCUACCUCCCAUCAGACUGUGGUGAGAAGAUGACUCUUUGUAUCUCAGUCCUCCUGGCCCUUACUGUGUUUUUACUCCUUAUCUCAAAGAUUGUGCCACCUACGUCUCUAGCAGUGCCUCUGAUUGGGAAGUACCUAAUGUUUACAAUGGUGCUGGUCACCUUCUCUAUUGUCACUAGCGUUUGCGUGCUCAAUGUGCACCAUCGGUCACCCAGUACGCACACCAUGCCUCCUUGGGUCAAGCGUGUCUUUCUGUACCGGCUCCCCUCUUUCCUCUUCAUGCGGAGACCAGGAAGUUCCAACAUCCGUGAACGGUUCCGGAAAAAACACCAGAAGCAGAAGUACUCUGACCGGAAGCAGUGUGGAACAGAAGUUGGAGGUGGAAGCUCCGUGGGAAUGGCUGAUUCCUCCUCAUCCUUCUUUGUCAAUGAGGAGUCAGCCAAGCGCUAUGGCUGGAGGGUCAGUGACUGCUCAGAGAACACAGAGUUCAGGAAGAGGAUGACGCUCAAGAGCAACAUUGACGUGGAGGAUGCAGUGGAUGGAGUACGUUAUAUUGCGGAGAAGAUGAAGAGUGAGGAUGAUGAUGAAGGGAUCAUUGAAGACUGGAAAUACGUGGCGAUGGUUAUCGACCGUCUUUUCCUGUGGAUCUUUGUGUUUGUGUGUGUAGUUGGGACAAUGGGGCUCUUCAUGCAACCUCUUUUUCAGAGUUAUAACACCCCCAUUGUUGAGGACAUGGAUCAUAAAUCUGAAACUUGAUGUGACUCAGAAGUGACUUUUUAUUUCCAGAAGCAGAUUUUAACACAUAAAGUCAUAUGUCCGCCUCUCACCUCACUCUGACUGGGAAAGGACGCAUUUUGGCCUUUCCAUUUCCUCCUCCCCAUCCCUGCUCUGCCCUUUGAAUCUUACACAUACCCCCCGCAGUCCUGUAAUCAACUCAUCUGCCAUUCACACAGGGGCUGUGAUUGUUUUAUUUCAGAUGAUCUGCCACCCCAAGCUUUAUAACAGAAAAAAAUUAAGAAAAAACCAUAACCCAAGGUGUUUUUUUGUGUUUUUUAUCUGUCACAAUAUUUACUUCAAUACCUUUAUCUAAAAGGUUGGGAUGCUAUGCAAAAUGUGGUUGCAUUCUCAUUUCGGAGAGCCAGCACAAGUCUGGGUGUAGCCUCUUGUAUCAGCCACACUUUCACUAAUCCCUAUAAAUAAAUGCGUGCAGACAGCCAUGGCUGCGUGAACCACCAGGCAGCAUACCAUUCAGUACAACAAGGCAACAGCCUUUAUACCUUUACCUGCAGCAUCACUUUGCUUUAAGAAUGUGAGUGCUGGACGGACCACAACAGUUUGGAGCAUUAUGAAACAAAAAGAAAGAACUGCACUGCAAAACAGUGCUGGGAAAACUGCUUCUCCCCUUCCUGAUUUCUUUCUUUUUUCUUUUUUUUUUUGCAUAUUUCUCACACUUAAAUAUUUCAGAGCUUUAAAAAGAUUUUAAUAUUAGAUAAAAAUAACCUGAAUAAAUAGAAAAUCCAAACUUACAUCAUGUCUGCAGUCAAAGCAGGUGGUGGUGUGAUGGUCGGGGGCUGCUUUGCUGCCUAAGGACCUGAACAACUUGCUAGAUGAAGACUUAGGCCUACCAGAAAAUCCUGAAAGAGAAUUUCUGGCCAUCAGUUUUGCUCCAGCGCACUCAGGUUAUACAGCAUGAUAAAAAAUACACCAUCAAGUCAACCUGUGAAUGGCUUAAAAAACAAAAAUGAAGAUUUUGGAGUGUAGACUUCAGACUUCAAACCUGUUGAGAUGCCUUGGCAUGACCUUAAAAGACUGUUCAUGACCAACCCCCCCCCCCCAAACAUGGGUGAAUUAAAACAACUCUGCAAAGAAGAGUGGAGCAAAAUUCUACCACAGCGAUGUCAAAGACUCGAUGCAAAUUACUGCAAAUACUUGAUUGCAGUUCUUGCUACCAAGGGUGGCACAACCAGUUCUUAGGUUUAGGGGGAAAUUACUUUUUUCACACAAGGCCACGUGGGUUUGGAUAGACUUUUUCCCCUUAAUAAAUGAAAUCAUCACUGAAUAACUUGAGUUAUCUUUGUCUAAUAUUAAAAUUUGUUUUAUGUUCUGAAACAUUUUACAGAAUGCAGAAAACUAAGAAACCAGGAAGGGGCGGGGUACUUUUUUAUAGUAAUGCAUAUUAGAUAGAAUAUAAAAGAAAAUAGAAAAUAAACAACUCUGAAAUAUGCUAUUAGUAUCACGUUAAAAAUAAAUCUUUUUAACACAUAUUUUUAGCUUCUACUUUGUAGUAUUUUUAGUUAAACAAAGAUUUUAAAUGAUAUUUUGUUCUAUUUAUGUUAAGAUUUUACACUUAAUACCUUUCUUGUAUCAUUCUCACAAGAAAACUAGAAAAGAACAAGAGCCAAGUUACAAUUAACCAAAAUGCUGUUUAAAUAUAAAAUAUUAAGCCUGAUCUGAUCACUUAGGGGUCAAUAUCUUUCUUAUAGGACUGAAAUGUAGCAUAUUUGAAAACUCACAUCUUUACUGGAAACGAGACUGAAGGUACCCUUAUCAUUGUUCGUAAAGGUUACACAAACAACAACUCAGGACUUAUAUUCCACCCCAUUUAUUUCUUAUCUGUGUCGCUGCAUCCAAAUCAAUAAUUCUAGUGGCUGUGUCAGGACAUAACUGGGACUAGCAUGCGCACAAACCAGUACAGAUGCUGAUUUUGUUAACUUGAAGAGUGACAGAGCCCAAAGAGAAACAAAAUCUUACAAACCGGCUGAUUUUCCAGAUGUGGACUUUACAUCACUCAUGCACGCCUCAAGAGCAAAAGAUGAAUCUGCUUUGUGAAGACACCCAGAAGAUGCUCACUCCCCUUGUGUCCUUUUGCCAAUACCAAUAUACAGCCGACACAAAACAGCUGACAGCUGGACUGCUUAAAUAACAAUGAUAGGUGUGUAUGAGGGAGGCGACCAGCCUUUUGUUUACGCUCACACAGCUCACUGUGCAGAUAGGCUGACUUGGUAAGCUGAUCAAAUCUAUGAGCAUCUUUGUUUGAAAUAAAGGCGGGUAAAUAGUGCUAAAAAUUCUCCAAACCAAUGACUUUGAAGCUGUUGCUUGUUGCCGUGCUGAUUUUAAAAGUACAGCAUGCCGGUCAAAAGCAGUGCUCAUCAGCAUCCAUCACCAAAAAACCAGCAGCAAUAAUAUUGUACAGUAUUUUAUACACACUGACGUGGAUGAAAUGACCAAACAGCCUGUCGCUUCACUUUCAUUAUCUGCCAUCAUAUUGUAUACUUUACAGUCUGUUCUCAGAUGAAUUACUUGAAAUCAUAUCCUGUUAUUUCUGAGAGGUAUUAUAUAACGUUUCACCUUCCUAAUGCACUCGUCGGUCACUGCUGCCAAUGUCCGCUUGGGAAAAAAAGGGUUUACUGAUCUAAUCCAGCUUGAUUGAUUUGUUUCAUUUUUCAUUUGUUGGUGGAUGGUUGAAUGAAAACAUGCUUUCUAUGUUUCUUCCCAGUAGACAGUCAUGUUACGUGACAUGCUGAGUUUUGUCUAACAGUAAGGGGCUGUGUUGGGACCUGAUGUCUUGCUAAAUGAAUCAAUAAAGGGUAAUGAAAGCAACAAGCAGGCCUCAUGAAUCCCAUCU